AUGCAGCCGAUUUUAGGUGAGAUUUUUGUAUUGAUUAUUUGGGUUCUGACCCCCGAACAAUUGCCUCAAGUGCAAUUCUUCUGCCCAUCCCACUAUGCUGAUAUCGUUUCUAUUCCUUCCCAUCCCGAAGAUAUGCCAAGUGAAUCUCUAGCGUACAUCCGUUUCAUCUAUUAUACAGGUAGUCGGUCGGUCGUCCAGCGCCCAUUGAUUGUUGCGCUUCAACUCCAUGAUACAUUGGGUGUCUCAACGUCCAUCAAUUACUGGGGCUAUUGGCGACACCUACGGAGGCAGAAGCAGCUCGCCCCAAGGGCUGGCAAGGAAAGUAACGGCAGCCUAGAAAUUGUUAGAAAGCUACACCAUACACCAUGGCAAGGCGCAACCAAACUCACGCCAAACAUGGCAAUGCUGCGGACGACGGCGGCGUUGUCAGGAGAAGUCAAGGUGUCGUAUGUGGAGGCGAAAACGCCCUUGGGGGCACGGCGGGAUGAAGCCUUUUCGACGAGGACUCUCUUGGGGGCAGGCAUUUUGUGCGGGUGCUUUCGAUGCGAUUAUGUGUCGGCUAAGAUUGUGUUGUGGAUGUCGGCUCGAUGUCGUGAUGAUUCAACAUUCAAUUCAAGCUUGUUCAAAAAUUUCGGCUGUUGGAUGCAUCAGAGUGACUGGGGUGGGAAAGCUGUGUCGGGUAGACCCACUUGCCAUCACAUGAUUGGCGUCAUCUCAUUUGGUUGA